AGCAGGAUUUUGAAUUUCGCAGUCCAUGUUUGCAGCCCAUCUGCUGUCAAACCUCAAAACGAUAAUGGAUAUCUUCUCCGUCUCAUCCACACACCACUACUGUCACUCCUCACCCCUCUCCGCUGCUAUCCUCGCCGGAAAAUCACAACAAAUCUCCUCUUCCCUUACCUUAUCACUCCAAUCCUCUCCAGAACCUAACAAACCGACUAACCCUCCACGCCUUUCCGGCGAAAUUCGCCACCCCCAAAUCCUCAAAGCAUUCCCAAGCAAGCCCAACCCACCUGGCCCUAAAAAGCUCUCCACAAACCCACUACGGAAUCUCGGAACUCCCUCAUCCACAACUCCUAAGAACCCAGACAAUCUCGCCAACAAGCUCUGGCUCUCCAGCAAAAUCUCUCCUCCUCUACUGGAAGAAGAAACUGAAGAUGCACAGGAAGCGAAAGACAAAGAAGAUGAAAAAUCGAAUGUUCCUGGCGACGUCGAUUCUGUCCAUGUGUCGGUCCCCGAAUUCCGACAAGAAGGCAAGAUUUUUGUCGGAAAUCUCCCUCUGUGGAUCAAGAAGAGCGAAUUCGCCGAAUUUUUUCGACAGUUUGGGCCGAUUAAGAAUGUGAUACUUAUAAAAGGGCACGACGAUCCUGAGAGGAAUGUUGGUUACGGUUUCGUCAUCUAUGGCGGCCCCACGGCUGCGAACUCGGCUUCCAAGGCUGUGGAGUUCGAUGGAGUGGAGUUUCACGGGAGGACUUUGACUGUGAAGUUAGAUGAUGGGAGGAGAUUGAAGGCGAGGUCCGAGGAGAGAGCCAGAUGGGUUGCUGGAUCGGAUGAGGUGGAGUAUAGGUCGAAGUGGCAUGAAGAGAGGGAUAAUUAUCGCAGGGAGUUCCGAAAGGUUCUUGAGAGUGAACCAGAUAAUUGGCAGGCUGCUGUUCGGGCCUUUGAAAGGAUUGACAAGCCUUCUAGAAGAGAGUUUGGGUUGCUGGUGAACUAUUAUGCAAGAAGAGGGGACAUGCAUCAUGCACGUGAAGUAUUUGAACGGAUGCUAGCAAGAGGGAUUGAACCAACUUCUCAUGUCUAUACGAACCUUAUUCAUGCUUAUGCAGUAGGUCGAGACAUGGAAGAAGCAUUAUCUUGUGUGAGGAAAAUGAAGCGAGAAGGCAUUGAAAUGAGUUUGGUGACAUACAGUAUCCUCGUAGGAGGGUUUGGGAAAAUUGGUGAUGCUGAAGCUGCAGAUAAAUGGUUUAAGGAGGCCAAAGAGAGGAAUACAACCUUAAAUGCUAUCAUAUAUGGUAAUGCUAUCUAUGCUCAUUGCCAAACGGGAAAUAUGAAUCGAGCUGAGGACUUGGUAAGGGAAAUGGAAGGAGGGGGGAUUGAUGCUCCAAUUGAUAUAUAUCAUACUAUGAUGGAUGGUUAUACAAAUAUUGGUAACGAGGAGAAAUGUCUCACUGUGUUUGAAAGACUUAAGGAAUGCGGUUUUACACCUUCAGUAAUAAGCUUUGGGUGCCUACUUAAUCUUUACACAAAGAUGGGAAAGAUUUCCGAAGCCCUGGAGGUUAGCCAAAUGAUGGAAUCAUAUGGCAUAAAACACAACAUGAAAACAUACUCCAUGAUGAUCAAUGGAUUUUUGAAACAAAAUGAUUGGGCAAAUGCGUUUGCUAUUUUUGAAGAUGUGGUGAAAGCAGGCCUGAAACCUGAUGUGGUGCUCUACAAUAAUGUCAUCCGAGCAUUCUGUGGCAUGGGUAACAUGGAUCGAGCUGUUUGUACUGUUGAAAUAAUGCAGAGGGAGAGACAUAGACCUACUUCACGGACAUUUAUACCAAUCAUAUAUCACUUUGCAAAAGCUGGAAAAAUGAGAAGAGCCCUUGAGAUUUUCAAUAUGAUGAGGAAGUGUGGAUGCAGUCCUACAGUGCACACUUUCAAUGCUCUAAUUCUUGGCCUUGUUGAAAAGCGCCAGAUGGAGAAGGCUGUUGAGGUUUUAGGAGAGAUGUCAUUGGCUGGCAUAAGUCCCAAUGAGCAUACCUAUACAAUCAUCAUGCAUGGUUAUGCAUCUCUUGGUGAUACUGGGAAAGCUUUUGAAUAUUUCACGAAAAUUAAAGAGGGGGGUCUGGAGGUUGAUGCUUUCUCAUACCAAGCAUUACUUAAAGCAUGUUGCAAGUCGGGUAGAAUGCAAAGUGCUUUAGCAGUUACAAGGGAAAUGAGUGCUCAAAAGAUUCCACGCAACACCUUUGUGUACAACAUAUUAAUUGAUGGAUGGGCUCGAAGGGGUGAUGUUUGGGAGGCUGCUGACCUGAUGCAACAGAUGAGGCAAGAGGGUGUUCUUCCUGACAUCCAUACGUACACAUCUUUCAUAAAUGCAUGUUGCAAGGCUGGAGACAUGAUGAGAGCAACAGAGGCCAUAGAAGAAAUGGAAGCUGUUGGUGUGAAGCCUAAUGUUAAAACGUAUACUACAUUAAUCCAUGGGUGGGCUAGAGCCUCACUUCCUGAGAAGGCUUUCAGAUGCUUUGAAGAGAUGAAGUUGGCUGGUUUGAAGCCAGACAAAGCUGUUUACCAUUGCCUGAUGACAUCGUUUCUAUCUAGGGCUAAUGUUGCUGAAGAAUAUAUUUAUUCAGGCAUUCUGGGUAUUUGUAGGGAGAUGGUAAACCUUGGGUUGACAGUUGAUAUGGGGACUGCCGUUCAUUGGUCCAGGUGUCUACGCAAGAUUGAGAGGUCAGGUGGAGAUCUUACUGAAGCCUUGCAAAAGACCUUUCCUCCUGCUUGGAACUCAUAUGUAAACCUUUUGGAGAUCACCAAUCAGACAGACAGUGAUGGUGGUGGUGCAUAUUGUGAGGUGAACUGUGACGACGAAAAUAACGGCUUCAAGGAAAGUGAUGAUCUAAUGACCAUAGAUUCUGGUUUUGAUUGAUUAACUGGAAAAGAGUUCUAAUUAUAGUAUGGAAUUGUUGGUGUCCAGAUGGCUGUCACAGUAAAGGAUGGUACCAGCUCCAUCUGUAGGUAUGA